AUGCCCGCCUUCAACCUCGAAGCCUUUUGCGCUGCGAUACAGCGAUACAAGAUCACCUUCACAUACGUCGCACCACCUGUCAUCGUACAGCUAUCUCGAGGCGCGAACGUCCAGAAGUACGAUCUGAGCUCCUUGAAGAUGAUCACCUCUGGUGCCGCUCCUCUGACCAAGGAGUUGGUGUCAUUUGUGCAUGGCAAGCUGAAGCUCAAGGUCAACCAGGCAUAUGGGCUGAGCGAGACGAGUCCUAUGACACAUACACAACCAUGGGAAGAAUGGUGGACCUCAGUCGGCUCAGUAGGCAAGCUAUUCCCAAACAUGACAGCCAUGUACGUGUCGGAGGAAGGCAAAGAAGUACCCGCAGGUGAGAAGGGCGAGCUCUGGCUCAAAGGCCCAAAUGUCUUCAAAGGCUACUGGCGGAACGAAGAAGCGACGAAGAAUGCCAUUACCCCCGAUGGAUACUUCAAGACUGGCGACGUCGGCAUGCAAGAUGAGAUCCACAACUUCUACAUCAGCGAUCGCGUCAAGGAGUUGAUCAAGUGGAAUGGGUUCCAGGUACCUCCUGCUGAACUGGAGGGUAUCCUGCUCGACUGCGACAUGGUCGAGGACGUUGCAGUAAUAGGUGUCUAUCUUGAGAAAGACCACACCGAGGCACCACGGGCCUACAUCGUCCCGGCCAAAGGCCAGAAACCUUCGGAAGAACUUGGUCGUAAGAUCUCGGCCUGGUUGGAUGAACGAGUGGCGUACUACAAGAAGCUCAGAGGUGGUGUGCGCUUCAUUGAUGAGGUACCGAAGAGUCCGGCUGGGAAGAUCUUGCGGAGAGUGUUGAAGGGCAUGGCGGAGGAGGAAGAUAAGAAGAUCAAGGCGAAGUUGUGA